AAAAAGGGGAGCGCGAGUAAAUGGAUGGUGACUGGCUCGACGGUGUGGACUCGCGCGAUCGUUAUCACAGCAAUAGAGAAUUAAGUUUCGGUUGGUGUUCGAUGUUUUAAGGCUCCACCAACAAAAGGGUAGCUGUGUUGUGGCGAAAAACUCUUUAACAUGUUUAUCGAUCGUGACUGAUCGUUGAGAUCUGUUUUACGAACCGAACGAUGAAGCGACUUGAAAUGAAGCAGAUAAUCUUGAUGGGUCUUGCCGCUGACGGUGAAGUUUAUCCUUUUCCAGUUAGAUAAUUAAUAUUCAACAAUACCGAUUCCUUCUAGAACUCUUUCAUGACAGUCACUCAUGUACCAACGGAUGAAUUCAACACAAAAGUUGUUACGAUAAUUAAGAUGUCCCUUAAUGACACAAUUCAAACGUUUGAGUUUCGAAAGUUUGAACAGAACACAGGACUCAACCUCACUCCAUUUUAUCAGACGCAUGCGGUAGGCCAAUCCGUUGCUGACCAUUUCGUAAAAUUCACUCACUUUAAAUUGUGCACCAUAAAUAAUUAACAUAAGUUUGCCUUAUCGCGCCUCUUCCAUCAACCUCCGAACCGAGGCCACGGUCUGCAGCGUCCAGAUCGAUCCGUGAUGAUCGCGCCAAAAUCGUGUCCCAUGAAGGCUCAUGGGUUCCGGGGUAACCAGAAUAAAUGAGAACAAGUAAGACGCCUGCAAAAACGGAAAGGUAGACACUGAUGGAAAGAUACAGGGAGCCCGGAGGACACCGACGAAGUCCAACCAAAUCGAACGGGCGACCGAGCAGCGCGAAAGCCCAUGCCGUCCAAAGUGACAUCAUCCGUCACCGUAUGGCCAGAGUGUUCGACAGCGUGGAAGGAACGGCACGAACAUGGCCGGAAUGGCUCGAUCGACGGCAGGAACGAAGGCAACAAUCGCGUCUGGACGAUCUUGGACUCGGUUUCGAUGGAUCGGCGCGAUUUCAGGUGAAUUUCGCGGACGAAUGCACCUUGAACGCGUCGUCGUCCAUUUCGGUGGUGGCCAUCGUAUUUUUGUCGAAUGAGGGUAAUCUGCACAGGAAAGGAGAAGGAGCCGUUUCGUGGAAGUAAUGUCAGACGGCGAAGAGGACACAUCAUUGUCCAAGACGCAUAUCUGUGUAAGUGGAACUAAACGAUCGAUCUGAGACGAAACGAGACGUGCUCAGAAAUGUUUGAAGUUGGUUUUGAUUUGAACCGUACUUCAGAACUCGUCAACCCGUAAUCCAGUAGCUUCAAAUAAAGGAGCAUA